GUUCUAUAUCCCUGUCAAAGGUACUGGUUAGUUACUUGGUAUAAAGUAAGUCAUUAUCAGAUUAGAUCAAGUUGAGUUUACAUCUACGCCCACAAGGUGUAAGUCAAGGGGUGUAUGCAAAAUCCUAUAUUUCAUCACAUUAUGACUGUAUUUGUCACUUACAGAUUAUCUUCUUAACUUCGCGUACUUCUUUUUCUCCUCGAAGCGACGGUAUUCUUGUAUUCUGAUAUCGCGAAGACGUUCGAUAUCAUUCUUUACAUGAUUUUUUGCAUCUCUGUUGCUCAUCAGACCGAGUAUUGUUGUUUGUCCGACUGAGAAUACACCGCUCGUCAACCAGUAUAAGGCCAAAGAGAGUGGUAUACUGAGCGCAAACCAGCUCAUUCCCAAACUAAGACUACGAAGAAGGACACUCAUAUCCAUUCUGGAGUUAUUCUCUUGUGGUGUUUGUGAGACAUCCUUUUGUUCACUGUCGACGUUUGUUGGCGAACUAGGUGUCCGUAUUUCGAGUAAUUUCUUUCUCAAAUUUGAAUUGAUUUCGGUGUUAAUUAAGAAACUAGCACCGAUAAGGAGUGCAACGGUUGGAUCUGUAGCUGGAAUGGCUAAACUUGGGUAAUCGAAGAGCGUCUCAGUUGCUAAUGACCACUUCUCGGGCUCUGUGAGGGCCACGCUUGAGGCUACUCUUAUGGUAUUACUGACGAUGAUGAAUAUCGGUAUACCAAUCAAUGGUGGUGUAAUUAUUGUUGGUAAAACAGAGCAAUUGUGAGCUCUCGCGAGAGCUCUACGCUGUGAUUUGUACAUUCUCGUCCACUCUUUAGUGUAGGCUUCAUAACUCAUACCUGCAGCUUUGCAAUCACGUCUACAUUUGUCUUUAUUCUCAAUAGCCCAUACGUCGAGAGCAGGUUUAACAUGGUGCUCUAGUCUAUAUGUACGCUUUCUCUGCCAAAUUGACAAAGGUAGUGUUAUACCAGCACGCAAACCUAGUGAGAGAAGGACGAUAGUGGUAGCAUAAGCUGGAGUGAAUGGUAAGAUAUUAGGUAUUUCCAAAAAUGGUACUGCUAAUGCGCCGAAUUUUCUGCGCUGCUGACCUCUCUGCACCGCUAUCGGUACUCGGCUAGCUGCUCUUAAUGAACUUAUCAUUUGACGUGAUAGUAUAAGUACAAGAACGAUGGAAUAUAAAAACUACUUAGAAAACGAUGGUUAUGUUAUAAUAGAUGGUUUCAUAGAUAGUCAAGAAAUCGACAAACUCAGACAGGCUGCAAAUGAUGCGAUCAAUUUGACAAGAACACACAAUUGGCCUUAUAGGCGUGUAGUAGGCAAGCAAUUUCCACCAUGGACCGAUGAAGAUUCACCUGAUAGCUGGGGUGUACAGCAUCUUAUGCAUCCAGACUUGAAGAUGCCAAUUUUCAGACAAUUCUAUGCUUCAGACAAGCUUGUAGAAUUAGCAGCAAAUCUGGUUGGAUGCUCACCAGAAUAUCUCCAAAUGGAACUCUUCAAUAUGCUUAUCCUCCCUACGCGUUCAUCCUUCAAUUUAUCCUGGCAUCGUGAUCAUGUUUUACAUUCUGCAGACGAGCAAGAGGAGAGGGAUGCAUUAACAACACCACAUUACGGUGUUCAGUUCAAUGCUGCAUUAUACGAUGACUCCUGUUUAUGGAUCGUGCCAAAAUCGCACAAGAUGGUGAGAUCUCCAGCCCAAAGAGCGCUCAGUUGCGAAACAAAACCUGCAGAUAAUCCAGCUGAAAUGCCAGGCGCAAUACAAGUACAUCUCAAAGCCGGUCAGAUACUAUUCUACGAUGCAAAUAUUCUCCAUUGUGCUCAGUACCCUUGCACGCCUCCUUCACCACCGCGCGCAACUCUCCACGGUUCGUAUGGUGAUCUAAGGGGAGGCUCUCAUCGUGCAAUUGGUGUUCUCCAACACGGGCUCGAAUGGAUGAAAGAUCCCUCAUUCGGUGAUGGUCCAGGUCAUGAGAUGUGGGAAAAGCUAAUGGCGAUGUACAACCAGGCUAAAGCUGAUGACAAACUGGGUAAAUACUCACUAAAUGGUUAAUAUACCUAAAUGUAACAUAUCAAUCGUAAUAUGACAUAAGAAUACUCGUAAAACUAUUAAGAAAAAGAAGUGAAACUAAGCAGAUUUCUUCUCAUCAGUGUCAGCAGGAGCCUUUGCGAUUGUUGUAGCGUUGGUAUCACCACCGUCUCUAACGAAGGUUUCUUUCUUCUGUGCAGCGAUACGGAGUGCUUCCUCGUGAACAUCCAAAACCUGUUUUGAGGCAUUGGUGUAGAAAUUUUGCACUUUGGCUGCAUAUGGAGAAGCGAGAGCUUUCUGGUAGUAUGGACCAAACCAGCUUGUACUCUUCUCUGAGAUACCCUUCUGAUUGUCAAUUUCCUUGGCCUUACCGAACAAGCCCUGUGCUUUCUCAUAGAGCUGUGAAGAAAGUGGUUGUUCGCCAGUCUUCUUUCCGACACCGGUAUCCAGUUGCUUUAUGUAUGUGAUAACCGUGUGCCAA